AUCCUGCGACAGCCUUCUACCCCGAUAGAAAAUUUCACAACUCCUCCGGCAAACCCGAGCGGUUUCGUCAGUCAACAAGCCGGUCGGGCCCUUGCUGCUCGUCUUGAUUUCCUCCCCUGCCAACUUCCCGUGGUUGACAUCACCGUUUAGACUUCUGUGCCGCCUUGUUCAACCAACAUUCGAUAUAAAAAGUCGCCGACCAUGGACUCGAUCAAUGCUUCCCACUUCACUUCCCCCAAACGGAAACGUGGAAUUCCUUCUAUCUCUACGAUUCCUCCUACACCGCCGACCUCUUCUCCUCCACCAGAGAUGCGACUCAACACCAAUAUUCCGGGCGUAGUUAGGACGGAGGAGGAUAGUGGACAAGGCAGCCCUCGCACCAAGGUCGCCUACAAUUUCCAAGGUCUGCAUUUGGAAGACGGCGGUGCUGUGGGAAGGUUCGAGCUGGAUGGACCAAGGAAGAGUUCACUUUUACCACGAGAUGAAUACGACGAGGAGGACCCGCACCGGGAGGAAGAGGUUUUGAGAAAGCGAGUUAAGGUUCUCAAGCAGAGGAAGAUCACAACGAUGGAGAUACCCGAGACACCACAAGUGAACACGGAGAGGGAGAAUAAAUUCUCCAUAUUCAUUGGUCCGGAGCGAACGGUUGAUCCUAUUAUCGGGGAGAAGGCUAGGGCUGUUGUACUCAGCAACGAGGUUGAUCCUAUGAUCUUUAGAGGUAGCCCGGUUGCUAAAUCGAAAACCUCUGGGUUGGGAAAUGCGUAUCCAAGCAUCAAUCGUCUCGCCGACUCAAAAUCAAGGGCUCCAAAGAAGAGAACAGGUACGCCGCCGCUUUCUGGAAGCGCAGAUGCAAUCAUGGAAGGUGUCGAGCCUGGUAGAAUUGUGGAUCCCGACAGAGCGGCCUUGACCUGGCACGACGACGAAAUUACUGGUCAUGAUCCCAAUGACCCAGAUGAUGAUGGAGAGGGGAUCAAUGGCAUUGGCUUUAGGCCUACAGCUGCAGAAGCAUAUGCUAGAGCACAAAAACGUCGACAGCAGAUGGCAGAAUACAAGAACCGGGAGGCGAGAGAAGCAAGAAAGGCUAGAAGUGAGAGGAGGCGUGGUAGUGGAAUGGAGAAUAAGGCUACUCGAGAAGAAGCCGAGACUGCUAGGAGAGUGCGAUUCAUGGAGGCUGAAGUUAAGAGCGUCAGAACUAUCUCUACUUCAUAACCGUGAGAGUUACACAUGUCUUCGAGCGAAUUGAGUACUUGGCAUAGCAGGGAGUUGAUAGGGUGGAUUGGAUCCGGCGCAGGGCAAUAUUCCCAUUUCGCUCCAAUAGGGAGCUUCUUCCAUAGUCAGUUCAAAAUACAGAUCAUCAUAC